AUGCGAGUGUUUACGGCCCCGGCAGAGAUGAAAGGCGGCCCAUCGAUCUUGUUGACCGCUCCCAAACACGGCAUGUGCCGGGGCCUCUGGCACGGCCCCUCGCCCGGCCGGCUCCGACAGCUCCGUGUUCUGCAGCGAGCCCAGAGGGACCCAGAAAACCCAACCAAGAACAGUGAGUGGAGAUUAGAGAGAGGUCAGCGUCUAUUCCGUAUCUGGGAGAGCUGCCGGCUAGAGCUGGCCCGUGUGGAACGAGCUGCCUUGAAAGGUAGUAACUCCACCUCCCUGGAGGUGUCGGAGGUUCAUUGGGAGAACUUUAGGCGGACGGACGGAAACUCCAAGGCGGCCGUGGCGCCGACUGAGUGCCGGGUGCUGGGCCAGGCCGUCGUGAACGGCGGCUAUGGCCACUUCCACCUGGGCCCAGAGAAGAAGAGCCUGCUGGGCAUAGAGGUGGCGGACGGUGCAGUCCCCGUGUGCCGCCAGAGCCUGUUCAUUCAUGCCACCAGCCCGGGCUUCCGGGACCACCCAAUGCCUUGUGAACGACGCCUCCACGCCGGCCAGGCCAACCUGGCUCACGCAGACAGCAGGUGUCCCCGGUUCCCGGAGCCGUCGUUCCUGAACGGAGGCCACCCGCCGCAGCAGAUCAAGCAGGAGUACGUGAGUGACUACAAGGCCGGCUCGGACUUCUCUGCCGCGAGGAGGUUUGCGGAGCCCUGCCCUCCUGGGCUGCAUGCUGACCUUGACCUCAUGAGCGGCGGCCCCUUCACGGCCCCCUCCCCAUCCUACCUGAUGAGCGGCGAGCACCCCGCUCUGGGCCCGGCCUCCCUGGGAAGCGGGGGGCCUCCUGCACCUCCGCCUGCGCCGGCCCGCUUCCCGGCGGGCGCCAUGAAGAGGUGCUGCUUCUCCAUCCUGCCUCCGGCCUCCACUUCCUCAGCCUCCUCAUCCUCGUCCUUGUCCAUGGAGGGCCUCGACAUCACCACCAUCAUCCGCACCCCUCAGGCCUCCUUGGUCACCUGUGUCAGCGGCCUCCGGCCCGGUCCCAUGGGCGUGCCCUCCAACCUCCCGCCGCAGCACGGCACGCUGAAGCCCCCCCGGCCCCCAGCCGGCCACCCCUGUGGCCUGCCCUCCCCGCCGGCCUGCCUGGUCCCGCUGCCCGCCGAGCGGGAGCGCGGGGACCGCGAGCUGCUGCCGGUGCAGCCCCUGCGGCACCUGGAGGGCGAGAGUGCCAGCCUCCGGCUCUCCAUGAGCGGGGCUGUCCCCCAGCAGGAGGUCUCCCCCAGGGGCCCCGGCCACAAGGUGGGCUUCCUAAAGCAGGAGCCGGCCGACGACUAUCCCUCCAACACCGAGCUGUACCCACCUGCGCCACCGCCUCCUCAGCACCAGGGCCUGCCCCCUCCCUACCACCUGCACCAGCAGCCGGGCCAGGGCUUGGGUCCCCCCCUCGGCCUCCCCGGCUCCCCCAAGGCCCCGCCGCCCAGCGACGGAGAGGAGCCGGAGCCGGGCGCCGGGCGGCAGGUGUGUCGCUGGAUCGACUGCGACGCGGCCUAUGGGCAGCAAGAGGAGCUGGUCCGCCACAUCGAGAAGACCCACAUCGACCAGCGCAAGGGCGAGGACUUCACCUGCUUCUGGGCGGGCUGCGUGCGGCGCUACAAGCCCUUCAACGCCCGCUACAAGCUGCUGAUCCACAUGCGGGUGCACUCCGGGGAGAAGCCCAACAAGUGCAUGGUAAGUGCCCCCCCUCCGCCGGCUGAUGGGCCAGGUCCUCUCUUCCCAGUCCUCCCAGACCAGGGUCCUCUCUUCUGAGAUUCAGAGAGGGGAUCCCCAAGUUUCUCCAGGCUGUCUUAGUCCUGAAGCCCCAGGUCAGGCCUUCCCUUCUUCCACCGAGGUCUCGGCUCAGGAGAGCCCCUCGAAGAGACAGAGCGUCCCCCUCAACAGUGAGAUCCAUGCCCCCCACUUCUGUAAUGCCGUGACGUUCCCAGAGCAUCUUCCCAGUCUUUAUGGGAGGGUCUAUGUUGGGUUUGGGGCCGUCCCCCU